CGCAGCGAGCGCGGGAGGUCGCCGCAGCCAGGGACAGCGCUGCCCAACAUGGUCGCUGCGCACGCUGCCCAUUCUUCCUCCUCGGCCGAAUGGAUCGCCUGCCUGGAUAAAAGGCCGUUGGAGCGCUCCAGUGAAGAUGUGGAUAUAAUUUUCACACGACUGAAAGCAGUGAAAGCUUUUGAGAAAUUUCACCCAAACCUCCUCCAUCAGAUAUGCCUGUGUGGUUAUUAUGAGAACCUGGAAAAAGGAAUAACAUUAUUCCGCCAGGGUGACAUUGGAACCAACUGGUAUGCUGUCCUGGCGGGGUCUUUGGACGUUAAAGUGUCUGAAACUAGCAGUCACCAGGAUGCAGUGACUAUCUGUACCCUGGGGAUAGGGACAGCGUUUGGAGAGUCCAUUCUGGACAACACGCCUCGCCAUGCGACCAUCGUUACGAGGGAGAGCAGCGAGCUACUCCGCAUCGAGCAAGAGGACUUCAAGGCACUAUGGGAGAAAUACCGACAGUAUAUGGCGGGACUUCUGGCUCCUCCGUAUGGUGUUAUGGAAACGGGCUCUAACAAUGACAGGAUUCCCGACAAGGAGAAUACACCUCUCAUUGAACCUCACGUUCCUCUCCGCCCUGCUAACACCAUUACCAAGAUCCCUUCAGAGAAGAUCCUCAGAGCUGGAAAAAUUCUACGAAAUGCCAUUCUCUCUAGAGCACCUCACAUGAUAAGAGACAGAAAAUACCACCUGAAGACAUACAGACAAUGCUGUGUCGGCACCGAACUGGUGGACUGGAUAAUGCAACAGACACCAUGUGUCCACUCCCGGACUCAAGCUAUCGGCAUGUGGCAAGUCCUGUUGGAAGAUGGCGUCCUCAACCACGUGGAUCAGGAGCACCAUUUCCAAGACAAAUAUUUAUUUUAUCGAUUUCUGGAUGACGAGCAUGAGGAUGCCCCUUUGCCUACCGAGGAGGAGAAGAAGGAGUGUGAGGAGGAACUCCAGGACACCAUGUUGCUGCUGUCGCAGAUGGGCCCUGACGCCCACAUGAGGAUGAUCCUGCGCAAACCACCUGGACAGAGAACUGUGGAUGACUUAGAGAUUAUUUAUGAAGAGCUCCUUCAUAUCAAAGCCUUAUCACAUCUUUCUACCACAGUGAAACGGGAGCUAGCAGGUGUUCUCAUUUUUGAGUCUCAUGCCAAAGGAGGAACCGUAUUGUUUAACCAGGGGGAAGAAGGUACCUCCUGGUACAUUAUUCUAAAAGGAUCAGUGAAUGUAGUCAUUUAUGGCAAGGGUGUGGUCUGCACCCUACAUGAGGGAGAUGACUUCGGCAAGUUAGCGCUGGUGAAUGAUGCUCCCCGGGCCGCCUCCAUUGUCUUGCGAGAAGACAACUGUCAUUUCUUAAGAGUCGACAAGGAGGACUUCAACCGGAUCCUAAGGGACGUUGAGGCGAAUACAGUCAGACUUAAAGAACAUGACCAAGAUGUCUUGGUGCUGGAGAAGGUCCCAGCAGGGAACAGAGCUUCUAAUCAAGGAAACUCACAGCCUCAGCAAAAGUAUACUGUGAUGUCAGGAACACCUGAAAAAAUUUUAGAGCAUUUUCUAGAAACUAUACGUCUUGAGCCAUCUUUAAACGAAGCAACAGAUUCUGUUUUAAAUGACUUUGUUAUGAUGCACUGUGUUUUUAUGCCAAAUGCCCAGCUUUGCCCUGCCCUGGUGGCCCAUUAUCACGCACAGCCUUCCCAAGGUACGGAACAGGAGAGAAUGGAUUACACCCUCAACAAUAAGAGACGAGUCAUCCGCCUGGUGCUGCAGUGGGCCGCCACAUAUGGAGACCUCCUGCAAGAGGAUGACGUGGCCAUGGCUUUCCUAGAGGAGUUUUAUGUGUCUGUAUCAGAUGAUGCCCGAAUGAUUGCUGCCUUCAAGGAGCAACUGCCAGAAUUGGAGAAGAUUGUCAAGCAAAUCUCAGACGAUGCAAAAGCUCCGCAGAAGAAGCACAAGGUGCUUUUGCAGCAGUUCAACACAAGUGAUGACAGGGCCCAGAAGCGCCAGCCAAUCCGCGGCUCUGAUGAGGUUUUGUUUAAGGUUUACUGCAUGGACCACACCUAUACCACCAUCCGGGUACCUGUGGCCGCCUCCGUGAAGGAGGUCAUCAGCGCGGUGGCCGACAAACUGGGCUCCGGAGAAGGUCUCAUCAUCGUCAAGAUGAGCUCUGGUGGAGAAAAGGUGGUGCUCAAACCUAAUGAUGUUUCAGUAUUUACGACGCUCACUAUUAAUGGACGCCUGUUUGCCUGCCCGCGAGAGCAAUUCGAUUCACUGACCCCCUUGCCAGAACAGGAAGGUCCAACUGCUGGGACUGUGGGGACAUUUGAACUGAUGAGCUCCAAAGACUUGGCAUACCAGAUGACAAUUUAUGAUUGGGAACUCUUCAACUGUGUGCAUGAGCUGGAGCUAAUCUACCACACAUUUGGAAGGCAUAAUUUUAAGAAGACCACAGCAAAUUUGGAUUUGUUCCUGAGGAGAUUUAAUGAAAUUCAGUUUUGGGUUGUCACCGAGAUCUGCCUUUGUUCCCAGCUCAGCAAGCGUGUUCAGCUCUUAAAAAAAUUUAUUAAGAUAGCAGCCCACUGUAAGGAGUACAAAAAUCUGAAUUCCUUUCUUGCCAUCGUCAUGGGACUAAGUAAUGUUGCUGUGAGCCGCUUGGCACUAACGUGGGAGAAACUGCCAAGCAAGUUCAAGAAGUUCUAUGCAGAGUUUGAAAGUUUAAUGGAUCCUUCCAGAAACCACAGGGCCUACAGGCUGACAGCAGCUAAGCUGGAGCCCCCUCUCAUCCCUUUCAUGCCUUUGCUCAUUAAAGAUAUGACAUUUACUCAUGAAGGGAACAAGACAUUCAUUGACAAUCUAGUAAACUUUGAAAAAAUGCGUAUGAUCGCAAAUACUGCCAGGACGGUGAGGUACUACAGGAGCGAACCUUUCAAUCCUGACGCAGCUCAAGCAAACAAGAACCAUCAGGAUGUCCGGAGUUAUGUACGGCAAUUAAAUGUGAUUGACAACCAGAGAACUUUAUCACAGAUGUCACACAGAUUAGAGCCUCGCAGGCCAUAGACAUCUAAAGCAUCCAGAGCGAUGGUUUUGCCUCCAGCCCACAAUCUCUCAGAAAUGUGGUGUAUGCUACUCCGGACUGUGUGGCCACUAGAAAAUUCUACAGACAAGCAGAGACCCAUCCUGAGACAUCCUCGGGGCUGCCUCUAGCUUACCUUCCACACCACAAGAGAAGAAACGAUUUGACUUAAAUUGUGCUUACACGCUCUAGCAUAGGAACCCCAUAUUUGUAGUCGAUUUCAUUUCCGGUUGUGCCAUCAUCAUGAGCUCAUGUGGAGAGCUUUGUGGAAAUGCCACUGGAAAGAGAGAUGCCAUGCCCUAACAUUCCUUCCUCUACUGUUCACAGUAGUGACAUGUGCUAAAAGUGGGACUGACUCAGUUGUAUCAGUGGUAAUAUAAUUUUGUCAUUUUUGACUCAACAUCUCAAUUUGGAGCAUGGGGUAAGGAGAAAGUGUCGAGGAAUCUGUAGAAAUCCAAAUUAUAGGUUUUUUGUUUUUUUUUUUUUCCAUCUCCAUAGUCAUAUCUCUGAAGGAACGGAACCUGACCACCUUGCUAUAAAACAUUCUGGCCAUUUAUGUAUUUUAGAGAGGUCUGGUCUAAUUUCUGAAUGAUACACAAAAUAAUAUGUUUACAAUAUAACUUAAAAUUUACAAAUUAGGAUUGCAUAUGUUAUAAUCCCACCAAGAAACACCGAGGUUCUUAAAAUUGCCAGUGUCGAGGUAGAAAAUAACAUUUCACAAGAGCACAAGAUGCACAAAACAUUUUUUCAAAAUUGAAAUAUUUUCCUGGGCAUUAAAAACUUUUCAGCUACAAAUUUAUUGUUACUGAUAAAAAUAUUUUCUGGACAUAAAUGUUAUUACAAAUACUUAAUUUUCAACAAUUGUUUUGCACUUUCAAAUAGAUUGUAAAUAGUUCAUUCAAUCAAUGGUGUAGAAUUAUUUAUUUGCUACAUAGUGGAUGUUGUGCCAAAUAAUUCCUUUUUAU